UAUCAUCGCCAAGCCAAAACGUAAUAAUAAUUCUCUCUCAUCUUUCUUUUCUUUUUUUCUCAACAUAUGACCAUGGCUUUAAGGAAUGUUUCUCUUUUGCUUUUCUCUUGCAUUCUUGCAAUUUCCCUCUCUGUUUCGGGGCGACCAGCCACUUUUCUUGAAGAUUUUCGAAUCACUUGGUCUGAUUCCCACAUUAGGCAAAUCGAUGGAGGGAGGGCCAUCCAACUUGUUCUAGACCAAAACUCAGGCUGUGGAUUUGCUUCCAAAAGACAGUAUUUGUUCGGACGUGUCAGCAUGAAGAUCAAGCUCGUCCCUGGUGACUCCGCCGGAACAGUCACCGCCUUUUAUAUGAAUUCUGAUACAGAUGAUGUAAGAGAUGAGCUAGAUUUCGAGUUCCUGGGAAAUCGUAGCGGGCAGCCUUAUACUGUCCAGACCAAUAUAUACGCUCAUGGAAAGGGUGACAGGGAACAAAGGGUUAACCUUUGGUUUGAUCCUGCUGUAGAUUUCCAUACCUACACAAUUAUGUGGAACCAUCAUCAUAUUGUGUUUUACGUUGAUGGCGUGCCAAUCAGAGUUUACAAGAACAAUGAAGCUAGAAAUAUCGCCUACCCCAAGUUCCAGCCUAUGGGGGUGUAUUCAACACUUUGGGAAGCUGAUGAUUGGGCAACAAGGGGUGGCCUGGAGAAAAUUGAUUGGAGCAAAGCUCCUUUCUUAGCUUACUACAAGGACUUUGACAUUGAAGGAUGCCCAGUGCCAGGGCCAGCGAACUGUGCCUCGAACCCUAGUAACUGGUGGGAGGGCACUGCUUAUCAAACCCUCAGUGCCGAGGAAGCGAGACGAUACAGGUGGGUUCGUAUGAACCACAUGAUCUACGAUUACUGCACCGACAAGUCCCGCUACCCAGUGACCCCGCCGGAGUGCAUGGCCGGCAUCUAAAAUUAAUCCUAUCCCAAAGUUCCAUCCCAUAUCAACUGUCCAGAAUAUUUAAUAUACAUACGUUUCAUGUCAUACUUACGUAUAUGCCUCCCUUUGUACAAUAUAUAGUUAAGAGCCAUGCAAAAAAUUGGGGUUAUAAAGGGGAAUAAGUUAUUCUUGUGUGCAUAUUAUUGUGAGGUGAGAGAUGGGAUUCCUGUAAUGGGCAAAGUCAAUUUAUCAUUGUAGACAUCUAUUUGUCUGUAUUUGGCGCAUGGCAUUUUGUGCCAAAAAAAAUGCCUUUGCCAAAACGAUUGCUUAUUAAUUUAAA